AUGACCGUGAUUUGCAGUCGGUUUGACCCGACCCGGACCCUCUUGGCCACGGUCGAGGUGGCGCUCGACGCCCACCACCUCCGGGUGCAGCUGGUGGUCGCGUCGCAGCUGCUGGUGCUGGCGCUGCUCGCGUUCGACCGCCACACCAAGGCGACGCUGACAUCGUGGAUCCCCUAUAAAAACGAGUUUGUCGUCGCCGUCGGCACUGCCAAAGGUGCCGUCCAGUUGUUUCUGCCUACUCACAACCGGGUAGAGCUCCAGUUGGCCACGCCCCUGGGGCUAGCGGUGCUGGACUUCUACUUCUGCGACUACACCCAGCGCGGCUACUGCGCCGACGUCGGCGGCAAUAUCUACGAGUACAACGUCAACACCGCUAAGUUGGUGCUGCAAUUCAAAGUGGCGGACGUCCUCCCCACCCCCGAGCCUAUCAAACGUAUCGGCAGCGUCUCCGUGCUGGGUAAGGCCUACUUAUUGUUGGCAUCGCACCUGGUGUAUAUGGUGAGCGCCGACGACCAUACCCUUACCAAGACGUUCCCCGGUCACGUGGAGCCUAUCGAGUGUUUAGUACUGGUGCUGGAAGACGUAUUUGUUACCCUGGCUCACGGCGACCGGUUUAUUAAUGUUUAUCUGGUGGUUAAAGGCGGUACCAGUCAAGUAUUGGUAGCGCUGCGGCCGGUGGCGGAUUUCGCUCUCGGCGAUAGCGACGGGCGCCUGGUGUUAGUCGCCCGCGGCGACGACGGCACCCUCGAUGUUUUCAAUGACUGGGCCGCCUCGGGAGAAACAUCGGUGCAGCAAAAGCCUAAUAAAAAACGGCGCCGGGGCGGUCCCGUGGUGCCGCUGAAACAAUCCUCGGCUCAUUUCAAAGUGGUGAGACCGCCACAACAAGUACUGAGUCCCGCCGAUGCUGAUUUAGCCAUUAUUGCUGCUACUGUCGACGGGUCGCAAAUCUUAUACCUGUGGAUGGAACUGGCCACCAUCCCUCAUUUCAAUCGCGUUAAAUGGUUUGAUAACGACCUGUACUCAAUGGAUGGAGAGGUAGAAUUCUCUCAGCUGAAGCCCACCACCAAGAGCAUCGACCACCACAACAACCAGGGGCACGAUAUCGCCGCUACCAAGCACUACACGGAAGCUAAUACGAUUAUCAGUGACGGUAAUAAUUUAAGAGACUUGGAUAAUGUCCUGGACGACGAUGAAGGCGAGCUGUUAGCGGAGAAGUUGGAAAAGCUUCAUCCUAAUACUACCACCUCAAAGGCGAAACCGGCUGCGAAAAUGGGGGGUAAAAAUGCUGCAACUUUAUCAAUUGUGUUGUCGCAAUCGUUACGUAAUAACGACCACAGUCUCUUAGAAGUGGUGUUGGGAAACCGUGACCCUGAAGUGAUCAAAAACACUAUUGCCAAGCUUGAUUCGCUGUUGGCAGUGACCCUUUUGGACCGGUUAAGCGAGAGAAUUCAGAGACAGGCGACCAAGUUUGACCAGCUUAAUUUCUGGCUCAAAUGGAUCAUCAUCAUUCACGGAGCGGUGCUUGCCCUGAUGCCUAAUUUGGCAGUGAAGCUUUCCAGUCUCCACGCCGUCCUCAUCAAGAAGGCCGACACCAUGCCUCGUUUACUUGAAUUACAAGGUCGGUUGACUCUUUUGUACCACCAACAGGGGCUUAAGCGAGAGAUUUUGACGUCUCAAGACGAUGACGUUUUGGGUGAUGCUCUGGACGUCGAGUACAUUGAGGCGUUAGAGGAUGGCGAAGGCAGUGAUUAUGACAUGGAUGAAGAAGAAGAAGACGACUUUGAAGACGGAGAAGGUGGUAUCGCCGAUAUCGAACUCGAGGACGAAGAUAUCGAAGCGGACGACGUGGAAGAAGAGGAAAUGGGGUUCAGUGACGUCGAGGCCGACGCAUAG